GCGCACUGGCCACACUGCUGCUGGAGCCAUUCACUCGCUCGUUGAUAAAAAUGUAUUAAUUAUUGCAAAGUAGCUAGAAAAAGUGCACAAAAGUGGCAUAAACUAUAGUCAAAGCAGUUGUGAACGCUCUACCACAACGAAAUGGCACGUGCACACCCUUCGAAUUGUGGCUGGCUUUGUUUCUGGCUCUGUAUGGCGUCAGCAACAUACGCGUCAGCCGACGUCAUGACGGCAGCUGGAGUGGGGGGAGCUGGCACAACAACGACAACAACGCAAAAUGCGCUGCUGGCGACCGCUGGAAAACAGGAGCUGUCGGCAAACGGCAAACAGUUGCCGGUCUGCUCACGCAUGUUGCGGCACGUCUUUGAGAAUGCGACGCCGCGCGACGAACAGCAGGCUGGCGUCUUCGAGGAGUACAAACCGGAGGUGGGCCAAGUGCUCGACGAGGAGACGUAUCUGUGGAGCUGUCUGGAGGCGUGCUGUGAGAAAUCCCAGUCGCGGAAUCGUGGAAGCAACCAAACCAAUUCCUGCAACGUGGUCUUAGUUUUCAAGCGCAAAUGCUAUCACAUUCACUGCGUCAGCAAUGAGGCCUGCCUGCCCAAGUCACUGGCGCGGGAGCGUGAAAAUGAGAAGGUACAAAUGGUGCUGGUCAAUCCAGUGGAUGGGGACCAGCCAGAGACUUGGACGCAGCUGCUCAAGGCCACCAAACAGAACGCUGCAAUGCUGCCGUACGAGUCGGAGCUCAACUUUUGGAAGCAGCCGCAUCGUUUGCCCUUUCAAGAUAGCAACGCCUACGAUGACGACGAGUUUCCCAUGGCGGAAAAGCGCAUGAAGCAACUAUUGCUGCAACCACCCGACGAGAACGAAGAGGAUCUUAGCUACUAUGGCGGCGCUGAGCUGCCGAGCACUGCAAAAUUCAUGACAUGCGAUCUGGACACACCUUGUCCACCGCAGGAGGAGUGUGUGCCGCUCCAGGCGAAUGCGGUGACGGGUCUAUGCAGCUGCAAGCAUGGAUUCAUUCGCAACAAGCAGCACAAAUGCAUCAUGCCCGCCGUGCCAUACAGCGCAUAUUUGCCCAAUGAAGCGUCUGCUUUGGUCACCCAAGAAGCGGCAGGCAGCGAGAUUGUGCCCGAGGUAGUCGCCCCGCCGCCCGUCAAACAAGAAGUUAACAAGGUGACCGUGUCUGUCAUGUCCAAGGAGGUGCAGCUGCCUGAGCAGGAGGUGACGCUAGCCGCGUUCACGGUUCCCGAUGAGGAGACGAGCGGCGCCAAAUACAAAUAUCUGUGGACGCUUAUAUCACAGCCCAAGGGACCGAUGAAUGGUACUAUUUCGGAUCAGAGCAAGCCCAAGGUGAAGCUCUCGAAUCUCUCCGCGGGCUUAUACACCUUCAAGGUGACUGUGACCGGUGACAAUGGCACCUUUGGCGAGGCAGCCGCUAAUGUGACAGUGCUGCCCGAGAGGCGGAUUAAUCAGGCACCACAGGUUAUCAUCUCGCCGUCGGAGCAAACCAUUCGUCAGCCCACCUCGAAUGCGGUGCUCGAUGGCAGCACCAGCACCGACGAUGACAAGAUCGUCAACUGGCACUGGGAGGUCAUCUUAGGACCGCUUGGCUAUCAGCCGCAGCUGCCGGAGGUGAAUACGCUACAAUUGGAUCUCACCUCGCCGGGCAACUAUACCUUCAAGCUGACCGUAACGGACUCCAAUAAUGUAACCAACUCGACCACAGCCACCAUACAGGUGCUAAAGGAGACGGACUAUGCGCCGGUGGCCAAUGCUGGGGAUGCCGUCAUUUUGUAUCUGCCAAACAACAAUGUGACGCUCAACGGAACCGCCAGCUCCGACGAUCACGAAAUCGUUGAAUGGGAAUGGACAAAAGAUGCCAGUGAUGAGGCGAAGGCGGUUGACAUGCAGAACACAAGAACACCAUAUGUACAGCUGUCCAAUUUGGAGGAGGGCAUGUACACGUUCGUCCUGAAGGUCACCGACAGCAGCAAACAGUCGAGCACCGCCAAGGUACAUGUAUUUGUGAAGCCACCCACCAACUCACCGCCUACGGCCAAAGCUGGCGUCAAUGUGACAACGAGCCUGCCCAUCAACUGGGCAAUUUUAAAUGGAUCCGAAUCGAAAGAUGACAUUGGCAUCAAAAGCUAUCAGUGGAAGCAGCUCAGCGGACCCAACAAAGCGCUCAUACUCAAGUCGAACAGCUCUAUUGCUAAUGCCACCAGCCUAACGCUCGGCCUAUACGAGUUCGAGCUAAGCGUUGCGGAUGAGAACAACAACACGGCCACCGACAGUACCUGGGUGAAGAUUGUGCAGGAACGCAAUGCGGCGCCUAUUGCUAAUGCUGGUGGGGAUCGCACCAUUGCCUUGCCCGUCACAGCUAUAUAUUUGAAUGGGUCGCAGUCAUCGGACGAUUUGGCUGUCGUAAAAUAUGUUUGGACGCGUGAGGAUUCUAGUCAGGCGGCCGGCGUCAUCGUGGGCGAUACGGACAAGCAGCCAAUUAUGAUUCUCAGCAACGUGGUGCAGGGUCGCUACGUCUUUAAGCUAACUGUGAGCGAUGAUCAGGGUCUGACCGGCACGGAUUCAGUCAGCAUUAAUGUCCAUGCGGAUCCCAUGCUUAUGAAUCUGGUGCAAGUAACGCUGCCGAUGGGCUUGUCGGUGGUAACCAAAAGCGAGCUGGAUUCCACAGUGCAGAAGCUGCAGCUGCUGCUGGGCGAUGACAAUAAGAUACAAAUCAGGGAACUCAAGCAGGAUCUGCACACAGAGGCGGCAGUGCUGGAGUUCUUUGUAAUGACCAACAAUGCGAAGAGUGGACAGUCGAGGCCAAUGGAUGGACUGCAUGUGGAGCGUAUGCUGCGUGCCAAAUUGCAAAAGGAUGACUCAAUUCUAGGUGCACUUUAUGUGGACAUUCGCACCACCGUGUGCCAGAAUAAUUGCUCUGGACAUGGCAGAUGCGAACCCUCGACGAGAGCUUGCAUUUGCGAGGCAUUCUGGAUGCCAUCGGUAGGAUUCUUCUUCAGCAACGAUGAGGCCAACUGCGACUGGUCCAUUUUGUAUGUUUUUGUGGGCGUGAUUUCCAGCUGCCUGCUGCUCUCGGGCAUCUUCUGGGGCAUUGCCUGUGCCUGCCGCCAGACCAAGAAGCCGCGCAUGCGUCAAAAGGUGCAAAAAUAUGCGCUGAUCGGCACCCAGGAUGAAGAGGCUGCCAAUUAUUCGCGCAACACUUCACUCACCGAAUCGGAAACGGAUUCGGAUGUGCUCUUCGAGACGCGCUCCAAGAGCAAUGGCAUUGGCAAGCGCAAAGCCAAUCACAGCAGCUCACAAGGCAGCGGAUCGGCUGGACGUGAGGGCAACAAAUAUGCGGCUACCAAGCUGGGCCGCAAGAUCAAAACAUAGACGAGAGAAUUACUUGUACUAUAUCUGUGUGCGUGUGUCUGUUAGUUCAUAUAGAGUGUGCGUGAUAUAUACCUAUAUACACCUAUAUCUAUAUAUAUAUAUAUACAAGUAUAUAUUUGUAUUUCUAUAUAACCCCAUAUACAAACAUAUAUGAAUGUUUUGUACUUGUCGAGCACGCAAAGUGCCUGCUGAUUUAUGUUUAUAUUUUAUGUACUAUAUUUUAGACUUUAUACAUAUGUAUAUGUGUUUUAUAUAUUUGUAACUCUAUGUGUGUAUAUGUGCGUGUGUCUGUUCCUUUUGCUUAUGUAUGUGAUAUGUGCACAAACCUCUUGGCUGUUUACCUCCUAUUUUUAUGAUAAUUUAGUUUUACUUGCGCUACUGCUGUGCAAUUAACAAUUGUUUACAUAUUUUGUAUAAUUACUUUUAUGAUUUGUAUAUUUUUUUUAUACUUUGUUUGUGUGUAUAUAGCGAUAGGAUUUCACAAUCAAUGUAAUAAAUUACAUGUAACUGCUUUAAACUGAAAA